AUGACAGAGCAUCGUAGAAGAUUGAAAGAAAAGUUGGGAGAAGAUCCAAGUCAUGCAGCUUUGUAUGAACACACUCACAAGCGCAAAAAUGGAAAUGGAGCAUAUAUUUGUAGAAAAGCACAGAAAGUUGUUGAUGUAGCGAAUGACUUGCGACAAAGUCAACCUGAUGCAUCAAAUGCACAGUUGUGGUUGGAGGCCAUCGGUGGUGUUAAGAGAGGAGGCUAUGUAUAUGGGUUUGGCUCAGAUACCCAGCAUUAUUUCCCGGAGGCUUCAAGGGGAUCAAAUUCUAAAUCAGCAGAGUCAUCUUCCAAUGCAGCUUUGUUAGCAGAAAUUCAACAAAUGCGGGAAGAGAACAAGAUGUUUAGGGAAGAGAACAAGAUGUUCCAAGAGGAGGUUGUUAAGAUGGGUGCUAUAUUGACACAGCUCAGUCCAAAUUCUCAAUGGUUAGCUUCUUUGAAUAUAAAUAACUCUACUUCGACAAAUGAUGAAACACAAGCACCUAAUGAUGAAGAUUAA